GAAGUGGAGUCAAGGCGCGGCCGCCUCCUGAGGGGAGGCGGUUCUGGCUGGCGGCGGCGGGGCGCCGUGAGGGGAAGAUGCCCGUGGCGGUGAUGGCAGAGAACUCCUUCAGCUUCAAGAAGCUCCUGGAGCAGUGCGAGACCCAGGAGCUUGAGGCCCCUGGAGGAAUUGCAACACCCCUUGUUUAUGGCCAACUUCUAGCUUUAUACCUGUUGCAUAAUGACAUGAAUAAUGCACGGUAUCUUUGGAAAAGAAUCCCUCCUGCUAUCAAAUCUGCAAAUGCUGAACUUGGUGCUGUUUGGUCAGUAGGACAAAGAAUCUGGCAGAGAGACUUUCCAGGAAUCUAUACAACAAUCAGUGCGCAUCAGUGGUCCGAGACUAUUCAACCAAUCAUGGAAGCACUUAGAGAUGCAACUAGGAGACGAGCCUUUGGACUGGUUUCUCAGGCAUAUACCUCAAUAGUUGCAGAUGAUUUUGCAGCCUUUGUUGGGCUUCCUGUAGAAGAAGCUGUGAAAGGUGUAUUAGAACAGGGCUGGCAAGCAGACUUUUCAACGCGUAUGGUAAUGCCUAAAAAGCCAGGUGUGCUGGAAGCUUCCUUUAACAGAUUUAUUCCUUCAUCAGAACCUGCUCCGGUUCCACCAAUUCCAAAUGAACAGCAGUUGGCCAGAUUGACUGACUAUGUGGCUUUCCUUGAAAAUUGAUUACCCUGCUCCUGUAUUCAGAACAACUUGGGAAUCCUGUGUACUGACAGUUUUAGAAAUCUAAGAUUUAUUUUAUUUCGUAUCUGUUAAACGUUGCAGCAUCCCCUACUCAAAUGUGUGAAGUAUACAGUGUAUGUUAGCCCAAUUUGUGUUUUGCCAAAGCCAAGCUAGCAACUGAAAUGAUUCUUUAACUCCUGUAAUAUUUAUUCAGUAGGUACACAGCAGUAUUACAUAGUAAGUUUUUUUUAAUUGACUCAUAGCAGAGAGAGGCUGAACUUUUUUCAGGUGUAUUAGAAAUGAAGAAGUAAAAAAAAUGAGUAAUGAAGCAGGUUAACUGUGUUGAGGAAUUUAUGCUAGUAGGUUAUGUGCUUCUAUGGUGAGUACUGCAGUGCUUAUCACAGAUCAAUUGCAUGUUGACCUAAAGUACAAAGAGCAGAAGACUGCCCUACCCGUAUCUGCAGAGAGAAAAUAUUUUGAUGAAACAGUAACUUAAAGAAGAAAACAAUUUACAGUGACUCUUUUGCAAGUAUAUUUGUGGCAUAUUUAUAAUUGAUCUUUUUUCUUGUUGGUCUUUCUGGAUUGUUAACUCUUCUUGUUUUGAUGUGAGAAAUUUCACAUCGGGCAUAUUUUUACAGCAGAAUAAUUGAGGUCAUUUAAGAAAGGCAAAACUUCACUUUGAGGAAGAAUUUUUACUUUUGGAAGGUUUUGAGUGAUGUAGGACACCAGAUAUUUUGCUGGGUAACCAUACACCUUCUUGAGACCUGUCACAUCUUGGUUCUUUUCAGUACACUGGGCCAGGAUCUACAAGAAACAACUCUGACCGAUGUUUAAGCUUUCUGGAUUACCUCUGCAGUUGUUGAAGAAUUUAAAAAUUAGAGUAGGUGUCCCUGAGUAGAGACCAAUUGGCAUGGGGAUGAUAUGUUACGCUGCAAUGUCAGUUUGAGGAAUACAUUUUCUAGAUUAGAGCACUGCUGUGUUAAUCUUUGAGUUGAGGGUGGAUUUUAGAAGCAGAAAGAUGACUUGUAUUCCCAGGCUUCUUAUUUGUAUUAUGCUGGUAAAAAGGCUGUGGGAAAAUAGUGGUGCUUUAAAGGGCAGUGCAUGCCUUCAUUUGCUUCUCCCCCCUUUUCAACAUCGUAUUCAGUGGUUUCAUUGAAGAUGGCAAGUGUGCUGUACAUUGUGAUUGUUUUUCUGGUGUGCACUACCUACUGUACAUUCUCUUCCGGGGGAUGUGUUAGCAGGGAGGAAUUAUAAACUGUGCACUGCUGCUUUGAGAGCUCCCUUUAUAUGUAAACACUUACUCAAAAUGAUUAUUUAUUUGAAACCCACCUGAGACUUGGAUUUCUAAAUUUAUCUUCAGUGAAAUUAAAGAACAUGUUUACACUGA